AUAAUGGAGUAUCAAACUAUAAAUGUUUUGUGUUUGGCAUAGCCAGUGGAUGCUAACGUAAGUCUCACAUUCCACGAGCCGGACAGCACGAAGAUAGAAGAGAGAAGAAGGUAAGAAGGUGGUAACUGCUGGUUGCCAAUCAUAUAUAUAUAUAAAAGCCAAAGUCUUGGCAGAGAGAAGAGGGUGGUAUGGGUUGCUUGAGAUGAGGAUCCAGGAGGAUAAGAAACCAGAAAAGACAACAAAUUUGUUCUUUUUCUUUUUCUUUCUCUCAAUAGAUUUGAGAAAUUUAGCGCAGCUUGUUUCCUAUUUAAGCGGAAGCAGUUAAGCCGUUAAAUGUCUUGUUUUCACAUCUGGGACCAUGUUAACUUCCAGCCCGGUUGCUGUCAGAGGCUCAAAGCAAUCCGAUCCGUCCGUGUCUUCCGCUGCUUUUGCCGCGCAAGACUCUCUCUCUCUUUUUCGCUGUCAUCCUCAAAACCACCGGUUUGUUUUCUUUUCUGAAAAAAUUGCUCCUUUCGUUUCUCAGCCAUGAAGCCGUAGGAAGAAGUUGCCUUCUGGUUGUUUUGCUGGAUUCUCUGUUGUCGGACAACAUAUAUCCAUCCGGUUUUUCCUUAAUUCAAUUGACUUUUGGGCCGUCUCCACAGUCAAUUUGGUUCCUCGUAUCCUCAAUUGUCCAAGAGUAGUAGUUGGUGUAACAUAUGGCUAAGCUUCCAAGUCAACAAUCUUUACAAAUGGAGAGCACUCACGGAUCGCUGUUACAUGAACUCAAGAUAAUUUGGGAUGAAGUUGGAGAAUCUGAAGCUGAAAGGAAUAAAAUGCUACUUGAGCUAGAACAGGAGUGCUUGGAGUUAUAUAGAAGAAAAGUUGACCAGGCAAACAGGUCUAAAGCUCAGCUGCGGCAGGCUAUUGCCGAUGCUGAAGCAGAGAUUGCAGCCAUAUGUUCUGCAAUGGGUGAGCCACCAGUGCAUGUUUGGCAGUGGAAUCAAAAUGCUGGAAGCUUAAAGGAAGAGCUCAAGGCCAUUAUUCCACACCUAGAGGAGAUGAAAAAGAGGAAGAACGAUAGAAAGAAUCAAAUUCUUGAAGUUGUGGAGCAGAUACGGGAGAUAUUAAUCGAGAUUAGGCCAACAGGUUAUGAUUUAUCCACCGUGGCUGCUGAUGAAUCUGCCCUAUCUGUGAGAAGGGUUGAAGAAUUGCGUGGGCAGUUACAGCUACUUCAAGAGGAGAAGGCUGACCGGCUCAGAAAGGUCAUGGACCACCUGCAUACUUUGAAUUCCCUGUGUUUGGUACUUGGUAAAGAUUUCAAGCAAAUGGUUAGUGAGGUAGACCCUAAUCUGAAUGAAACUGGAGGAUGCAAAAAUACUAGUGAUGAUACAAUUGAAAGGUUGACCUCUGCAAUUCAGAGAUUGCGAGAUAUUAAGCGGCAAAGAAUGGAAAAGCUUCAAGAUCUUGCAAGUACUAUGUUGGAGCUGUGGAACCUGAUGGACACACCAACUGAAGAGCAACUAAAUUUUCAGAAUGUAACAUGUAAUAUAGCUGCUUCAGAACAUGAAAUAACAGAGCCUGAUGCUCUUUCUGUGGACUUCAUCAAACAUGUUGAGGCAGAAGUUUUGAGGCUCGAAGAACUGAAAAAUAGCAAGAUGAAAGAACUUGUCCUCAGAAAAAAAAGCGAGCUAGAAGAGAUUCGUAGGCGGGCACAUUUGGUAGCAGAAGGAGAUACCGAAACAGAAUUUGCAUAUGAAGCUGUUGAGACCGGUGAUGCUGACCCCUCUUUGAUCCUUGGCCAGAUUGAGUUUCAAGUUUCAGCUGCUAAAGAAGAGGCAUUCAGCAGGAAAGAUAUGCUCGAAAGGGUCGAAAAAUGGCUGGCAGCUUGCGAAGAAGAGUCCUGGCUGGAGGAGUACAAUAGGGAUGAGAGCCGUUAUAGUGCCGGAAGAGGUACCCACCUUGCGCUGAAGCGCGCUGAAAAAGCACGCACUCUUGUCAGCAAAAUUCCAGCAAUGGUAGAGGCAUUGUCAGUCAAAACUACAGCUUGGGAGAAAGAGAGGGGCAAUGAGUUUAUAUAUGAUGGUGUCAGACUUUUGUCGAUGCUGGAAGACUACACCACUAUGAGGCAGGAGAAAGAGCAAGAGCGCAAAAGACACAGGGAUCAGAGGAGACUUCAGGGUCAGCUUAUUGCAGCGCAAGAAGCACUUUUUGGCUCUAAGCCAAGCCCUUUGAAAAAUAUGAAAAAGGUAACUAGGACUUUCUCUUCGGGUCCAAGUAGAAGACCAUCCACACCUGGAGCCACGUCGCAAUCUGAUAUGCCGCAGUCCGCGAAGUCCUCACAUGCCCACAGGAAGUCUGAUGAUGGGAGUGGCUUAUCUGCUGUCAGGAGAGAUCUGGAUGCUACAACCAUGCCCCGUAAGCCUUUUUCUCCUGUAGUUUCAGACAGCAACAUGCCAUCCACACCCACCAAGCGCAAUUCUGACAAUGCUGAAGAGGAGAUCGGUACUCGCAAGAGCUGUAUGAAGAUAGAAGCUAAUGCUCCAGUCUCUGUGAUUUGUCAAGCUGAAGUCAUAGACAUGCCUAAGGAUAUGGAGUACUCUUUUGAAGAGAGAAGAGCCGGCUUUGUCAUCAAAAGCUCAUCUUAAGCUUGUAAAGAUCUGAUAUACCACCACUAUCUGUUAUUCGCGAGUUUUUUUUUUCUCCUCUCGGUAAUUGAUGCAAGUCAAUUAUGACUGGCUUCUUGAAGCUUGUACUUUUAACAUAUUCAUGCUUGAAUUUAGCUUGCUAUUUCCUUUCUCGAAAAAGAAAUUAGCUUCUUGUUUCCAA